AUAAACAACUGUAUUUUGCAGUUAGUAUGCACGAAGCAACUCACAACAACACAUCGUUCAUAUGUUUCUUUCGCAUCGGUCAUAUAAGUGAAUAUAUCGCUACUUUCGUUUUCUACGCUCUUCAACGGCGUCGUCUUCUUUAAAAUAUAAUUUGUUUUUUUUCUCGUUUUCUGGUGAAUACAAAGUGCAUUUCUCGAUAGACGAUUUCCAUUUUGGUGUUGUGUGUGCGUACGUUUGUGUGUGUGUGUGUGUUUGUGUUUUUCGGUAGUGAUUUGAGUUGACAGCAUACUUUCUUUCAUACGCCAACAUUGAGAUAAAAAAAAAGAAGAACAAUCCGAAUAAAUUAUGUAAAUAUGAGUAGUUCAUUGAAAAAAUCGCUGAAGCGAUUUUUGCAUUGGGGACCAGCCGUUGCCAUUGGCAUUAUAAAAUGUGUUACCCUUACAACAUUGUACAUAAAUUCGAUGUGGUGGCCACCGAAUCGGUCUGUAGGCGGGAUGAUACAUCAAAUGGUUUUCCUGAUUCUGUCCGCGCUUUCCGCAUUCAAUUAUGUCAUGGGUACGAUUUGUGGCCCGGGAUUCUUACCGCUUAAAUGGGAGCCCAAAGAUAAAAGAGCCAAAAAAAUGUUGCAAUAUUGCAGUGUUUGUGAGGGAUACAAAGCACCUAGAUCACAUCAUUGCCGAAAGUGUGAACGAUGUGUUAUGAAAAUGGAUCAUCAUUGCCCCUGGCUAAAUACGUGUGUUGGCUGGAAUAAUCAUGCAUAUUUCACGAGUUUCCUGGCAUUUUCGGUGCUUGGCUGCAUUCAAUCGACCAUCAUUUUAUCGGCUUCCAUUUAUCGAGGCAUCCACUACUCAUGGUAUAUUUAUACGAAUCAACUUCAUUUGGCUACCGUGCAAUUUGGAAUGAUUAGCCUCAGUUUGAGUAUCUUUAGUCUGGGCCUGUCCGUGGGUGUCGUGAUCGCAGUUGGCAUGCUAUUAUACUUUCAAGUUCGUGCAAUUAUGCGGAAUCGAACUGGAAUCGAGGACUGGAUUUUAGAGAAGGCUAACUAUCGUUAUGAAGGUAGCGAUAAGAAUUUCAUCUUUCCCUAUGACCUGGGAACAUGGGACAAUAUAAAACAAGUAGCCGAUCCCAGUUGUGCUCCCAUCGGCGAUGGUAUUCAUUGGAAAGUUCGCAGUGGAUGUAACCAAUACACGCUUACGAUCGAACAAAUUGCGCAGAAAGAGGAGAAACGUGCCAGAACUCGAACUUACUCAAUUCAAAAGGCUGCCUCCGGGUCUUGGCUACCAUUUUGGACACAAGGCUUUGUUGUUGCUCUAAACACACCUUGCACAGACGAACCCAGGAUCAAACUAGAUGUAGGAGACAUUGUCAAAGUCACACGAUGGAAGAAGUACUGGUUAUUCGGAGAAAAAGUUCAAGGUGCCAAACAGAAAACUGAUAAAAACGGUUUGAAUGACGGGGAUAAAUUAAUAACGAAGAAAAUUCGUAUCCGUGGCUGGCUUCCACGUAAAUGUGCCGUUGAGCUCGUUAAUCCAGACUCAGAUGAUGAACACGAACAUUUUACUGCAAAAAAAUUUAAUUAAAAAACAUAGAAACAUAUUCAAUCCGUUCAUUAAAAUUCAGUGGAAUAUACAAGUUUAUAUAUUUUAAAUUCAGGGCGCUAUACUUAAAUGAAAUAACAAUAAGCGACACAGUAGAAUACAUUUACUCACACUUCAUUUCCACAAGACAACUAGAGAUUUACCAAAUAUGAUUAUAAAUCGUUUAAAAUAUGAGGAUUUAACAACAGAACAAAACAGAACAAACAAUACAACUCAAAUCUUAUGAUUUUUAAAAUAAAUUUGCCAAA